GGCGCUGCGUUUCCGGCUGAGCUCUGUGUUUGGGCUGUGUGUGUAUCUGCGCGCGGGUUGAUUUUAUUUAUAUUACUUUAUAUUUCUAUUAAUAUUAAUAUCUAAUAACUGCAGGUUCCGGCCGCGCCAUGUCCCAGACCGCGCGCUUCCAGUCCCAGCUGGCCUCCAUCAUGGAGGCUCUGGCGAACGCGGCGGUGGCGGAGAUCUGCGAGCUGGUGAAUGACGGGUACGGUGUGCUGCGGCUGGAGAUCUCGCGCAGGGAGAAGGAGAACGAGGGGCUGCGGAGGAAGCUGCUCGCGCUGGAGCUCCGCGCGGCCCGGGAGAAGGCGCAGCGGACCGGCAGCUGGGCGCGCGAGGAGCCCGCGAAAUCCCGGGCUGAAGCCCGCUGUCGUGUGAAGUCAAGCCUCAGGGCACAAGCAACAGUGCAUAUUCAUGAGGACCCUCCACCAGUCACUCAGGUCGAGCCAAAACAGGAGUGUAAUGACGUUCUGAUUGUGGAGACUAGUAACGUCCAGAUACAAGAUACUGGAUGCUCCACCACUAAUGAACAGGUGAUCCAUCCAAUUGAAAGAGAGGAACUCGACGAGCAGAAUUUGUUUGGACAGAGAUUAGAGGCUCUGGACCAGCCCCACACUAACACACACAUGCUCACAGACUCCAUCACACACGACACACACGCAUCUGAUAACCACAACCUCACGUUCCCACCCACCUGUUCUUACUCCAUGACCUCUGAGCCAAUACCAGCACACAUCAGUGCAGACACACAGUUUACUAUGCACGGAACAGAACACGCACCAGCUCACAUGACCUCACCGACGAGCCUUCCUGCCCACCCCCAGCUUCCCGUCAUCACUACGGAGUCCGGGUCCGGGAGUCUGUUCGUCUGUCCGUUCUGUGGGAAGUCACUGGCGUCGCUGAAGAACCUGAAGAUCCAUGUGCGCGUUCACACGGGGGAGAAGCCGUUCGCCUGCGUGCAGUGCGGGAAACGAUUUUCAGACUCCAGCAACCUAAAACGCCACCAGAGUGUGCACACUGGGGAGAGGCGGUACCGCUGCUCGCACUGUGGGAAGGGUUUUGCCCAGUCCGGCUCACUUAAAGUGCACCUCACCAUCCACACGGGCCAGCGAGGGGUCCGCUGUGCAGAGUGUGGAAAAACCUUCAUCUCAAACACACAUCUCAGAAACCACAUGAGUCAUUCUCACACAAAGUGAGAUCAUGCACUGUGUAAAUUAUAAAAUGUGAUUACUUGAGGAACGUUUGGGGGUAAAACUGUGGAAGAACCCGUUAAGGUGCUUUGAGGAACCUUCAGGAAAGCUUAAAGGAGAUCUCUGGUGUAAAAUGGACUUUUGGUGUAGUAAAACAUGAUACUUACAUGAUACUUACAUUUGAUGAAGAGCCCACUUCCCCUUUCCUACAGCUUUCUGAGAUACAGUAAUUUUGUGCUUUUUGCCCAGCACUCUUUACAACGGCUGUAUGAUAAAUCGUUUUUUACACCGUUAUUCAGCUCAAAGUAGCUCCACACCUUCUUGGUAGAAUCCAGAGAUCCCUAACAUUUAAAUCGAGGCAUUACUAACUUAAAACGUGCAAACUUCUUGUGCACUUUUUAAGUUAUUAAUGCUUUGUGAGUGGAGGUGGGCUAUUCAACAAAGGUAAGUACUUUUUUUUUAUCAUGUUUUACUACACCAAAAGUCAAUCUUACACCAGAGUUCUUUUUUUAAGGUGCUUGAAGGACAUUUAAAAAAAAAAAAAAAAAACUAAGGCUUCUCAAAGGACCCUAUGCCAAGUUCACACUACACAAUUUUAGGUAUUUUAGUGACAGACUGUUAUUUGUAGGUAAUCUACUGUGAACUCCUGGAAGAUACUCACACAGAGGCAUCAUAGAGCCAUCACCCAGCAAAUAUCUAGCAGGUUUAAUAUCUAGACUAGUCGGCGACUGAGAGUCAGGAUCAUUAAUACUACCUACAGCCAAUCGGAUCGCAUUAAGAUACAGAUCCAUGUGUCCAAUGUAUCCAACCAACGUAUCUUCUUCAUGGCCAGAGCUGGUGAAAGAAAAGCCUACCUACUUCCUCCUUUCCCUGUUUUAUCAGGAACCACUAGACGGAGCCCACAAGUAAGUCCUUAGUGAAGAGCGGUGAAACACAAAUUAAAUGAAAAAAAGAUAUUUAUUUUAUGUUGGGGCAUUACUGGUGAUGGGGGAGGUUUGUAUGAACAAGCAUUGGACAGAAAAUGCAAUUAAAAUUUGACAAAAUUAGAAACAAAUUAUAAUCAGAGCCUGUGAUAAAUGUUUUUCUGCAUGAACAAUUCCUGACAGAAUAAUAAAUGCUAUGGGCUUUUGUUCAGUA